AUUUAAAAAUUAGAGAACUGAGGUCUUUCUUUUUUUUAAAAAGCAUAGACAUGACUUUCAACUUUUUCCCAUAGGCAAUAAAGGCCACUACAUUCUCUCUUUGUAACUUCAUCUAGCUAUCCAAGAACCUGUUUGAGAAACUACAAUUUCUGGACAAAAUCUAUUUUUACUCCCCUGAAAAGAGGUUACAGGCACAAAGAUAUGGAACCAGAAGAAAACAUAAAACCUCAUGCCAUAAUGAUACCAGUACCUCUACAAGGCCACAUUGUACCAUUCAUCAAUCUUGCAAUAAAGCUUGCAUCAAAGGGUCUCACCAUAACUUUUGUCAACACACAAAAAACUCAUCAAAGGUUGAUGAAAGCUCGAUCAAUCUCUGAAAACUCUCCGGAUUACGACAUUUUCUCCGAGGCACGAAAGUCUGGCCUUGACAUUCGAUACACAACGAUAUCCGAUGGUUUCCCACUGAAUUUCGAUCGGAUGGGGAAACACGAUCAGUUCCUGGAAGGGUUGUUCCAUGUUUUCUCAGCACAUGUGGAUGAACUCGUGGGAAAUCUUGUCAAUUCUCACCAUAAUCCUCCAGCUUCUUGCCUAAUAGCUGACAGUUUCUAUGUUUGGCCAUCAGAGAUUGCCAAGAAAUAUAACCUUGUUAACAUAUCAAUGUGGACUGAACCAGCUCUGGCAUUUACAAGCUACUAUCAUAUGGACCUCUUAAAAAUUAAUGGUCACUUUGGUUGUCAAGAUAAUCGUGAGGACACGAUACAUUAUAUACCAGGUGUUGAGGCUAUUGAACCGGGAGAUCUUCCUUCAUACAUUCAAGAUCCCGAGCCAUGGGGUAUAAUGCACCGGUACAUGUUCAAGUCACUUGAAGAUGCACGGAAAGCGGACAUGAUCAUCUGCAACACGGUACAAGAACUAGAGUCCUCAACAAUUUCAGCUCUACAAGAGAAAAAACCAUUUUAUUCAGUAGGACCAAUUUUCCCAAAAGGCUUCACCAGAAGCACCAUUCCGACAAACCUAUGGGCCGAAUCAGACCCCAUCCAGUGGCUAAACAGUAAACCAAAAGGUUCAGUUAUGUACAUUUCAUUUGGAAGUCUUGCAAAUAUUAGUAGACAAGAUAUUCUUGAAAUGGCUCAUGGACUUCUACUUAGUAGAGCUAGUUUUAUUUGGGUGCUUCGUCCCGAUAGCACAUGGACUGAGGAAAGUAUUCUUUUGCCAUCAAGAUUUGAGGACGACAUAAAAGACAGGGGAUUAGUUGUGCCAUGGUGUAGCCAAAUCGAUGUAAUUUCACAUCCGGCUAUCGGAGGAUUCUUGACACAUUGCGGAUGGAAUUCUGUUUUGGAGAGUAUUUGGUGCAAAGUUCCAAUGUUGUGUUUUCCUAUAUUCACUGAUCAAUUGACUAACAGGAAACUUGUGGUUAGUGAGUGGAAAGUUGGUUUAGAUCUUUGCAGUGGAAGAAUCCUCAGAAAACAAGAAAUUGCACGCAAAAUCGACUGUUUCAUCACUGAAGCCGAUAAAUUAAGGAUCAAUCUAGAGGAAACAAGGAAGAAGCUUGAAGAUGCAUUAUCCGAAACGGAUCUUCAGGAAGAAAUUACAAACAAUUUAUCUGUGACCUCAAGUCCAAAAUUCUGCAUAAAGGCAAGAUUAACUAGAUAGCUUACUUCAAGUAUGGUAAGGAGAAAAAUAUCUGUAUUGGAACGAAAUGCAUACUACAUAUGAUCCAUACAACGGAUCCCAACUUAGUUCCGGAUUGAAGCUUAGUCCACUGAUUGAUUGAACAAGAAUAAAUAUAUUAAUGAUCACGCCCUUCUUCACAUGUAACUAUAACUCCAUAAUAAGUCAAAUCAAACUCGGAUCCAGGAUUUGAACAUUAUGGAUUCGAGUUUGAGAUCUACCACAUCCCAUUACUGGGUUUGAAAUCUA